GACUCAAUAAUCCUUUGGUUAAUCUGUAACAAGAGUUUGAGCACUGCUGCUGGAUUUAAAUAGAGAAGAGGAGUCAAAACCUCACUCUGAAAACUUGCUCAGCAGCUGCGGACAUACAAGAGACGAAAUCAUCAUAACUAGCAAUCAAAGGUAAAAUGCAGAAACUACAGUUUCACCUUCUAGUGACGCUGCUCUGCUGCUGCCUCCCUGGAAGCCAAGCCAACCGUGUAUACGUUCACCCCUUCUAUCUUUUUGCUGCGGAGAAUGUCAGUUGUGAACCUCUGCAGAACCCGGUCGUCAAGCCUCUGGAGACCAUCCCUGUGGCCUCUCUGAAUAUUGAAGUCUUGACACCAGACAACAGGGAUCUGUCAAAACCGGAAGCACAGCGACAGAACAUCACGGAGAGGAAAAACGUCCUGGCUAAGUUUUCAAACAUUUUGGGUGAGAGGAUUUACCAGGCACUCGGCAGAAAACACAACAGCACCAACACUCUUCUCUCUCCGAUCAGCACUUUUGGGUCACUUGUCAACUUCUACCUGGGAGCCUCUAAGAAGACAGCCAAGUCUUUCCAGGAACUUCUUGGCCUGAGUAGGGGCACUGAUAGAGAGGACUGUGUAUAUUUAGUGGAUGGCCACAAGGUUCUUAGUACCCUACAGGCCAUCAACUCCAUGGUGGACAAUGGGCCUGAAGAGAAAAUCACCACCCAGGUGUGGGCCUUUGCUCGCAAGGAUGCUCAUCUCUCUCGAGACUUUAUCCAAGGCACACAGGAUUUCUCAGACAUGUCAUUCAUCCGAGGCGUGGACUUUUCAAUGCCCCAUGAGGCAGAAGCGCUGGUGAACAGCUUUGUGGACAAGACUUCAGAUGGGAAGAUGAAGAACGUCUUCAACAAUCUGAACCCAAGCAGCAACUUUCUGUUCAUUUCAUCCUUCAGCUUCAAAGGCAAUUGGACAAUGGCUUUCCGACCAGAGAAGACCUCCUUGCAGGAGUUUCAUGUGGAUGAAUCAACAACAGUGAUGACUCCAAUGAUGACCCGCACAGGCCACUUCGACUACUUAAACGAUAAGGCAAACAAGUGCACAGUUGUGAAGGUAUCACUGAGUAAACAGUCCUACAUAGUGCUAGUUCUGCCUCAUGAAGGGGUCAGCCUCAGUGACAUAGAAUCAAAGAGGUUUACGAAGCUCAUGGAUACAUGGCACCUGAACUUCCAAGAAGGUUUGUUAGAGCUGUCCCUUCCCAAGUUCUCGGUGUCUUCUGUGAACAACCUGGCUGACCUACUGACCAACAUGAGCCCAGUGCUCGAGACUGACCUGUUGGGUUCCCAGGCUGAGUUCAUUCAGCUCAGUAACAUCAAACCCUUCACCAUAGAUAAGGCCUUCAACACUGUGCAGUUUGAGAUGUCAGACGGAGAAGCAGGACCUCAGGACAAGGAGCAGGAAGCAGGAAUCCCUCUGAAACUGUCCAUCAACAGGCCAUUUUUCUUCUCUGUCAUUGGAGAACAUUACGAUUCCUUCCUCCUGAUGGGAAAGGUCACCAACCCCACAGUCUAAAGGCAUGUACGUCAAAUAAACAAUAACUAUGUACAGGAAAAUAUGACCAACAUACCAGGCCAUACAUUUGAUCUCUUUGUAUCUGAAAUAAUAAAAUGACAUUAGUGAAAGAUGAAGCUAGAUGUAAUAAUUGGAUAUACACACACAUUAUA